AGAGAUAAGUUUCGACUUCGACCGUUCUUGUUUCCUACGAGGUUAGCUUAUCACUAAUCAGCAUUCGGCACCUCUCUCUCUCUCUCUCUCUCUCUCUCUCUCUCUCUCUCUCUCUAGCUCUGCAUCGUAAUUGUCGUCGCCGGAGAAUGAUCGGAGCUCAAUUCUGCGUUCGUACAUUUCCGGUGACCGGGGGUCGUACACAUCAACCGUAUGCCGGCCGUCAAAUUCGAAGCUCACUCAAUUACUCUUCUUGUUGUUUUUCUUGUUCUUCUUUUCGCUUUUCAUUUCAAUUGGAUCACGGGAAAUCUCGUAGAUCACAAAUUCUCGUGUCGUGUAACUCCUCUCGAAGCUCCGGCGACAAAUCGAACGGCACCGAACAACCUGAUCACGAGUAUGCCGAAGCAUUCGUCCUUCUUUCAGAAACUAUAAGGCACUAUCGCAUGCAUAUGCAAGGAUUUCAAGAAGAGAUAAAGUGGUCAUCCUCUACCCAGGUGUUUCCGUCUUUUUUGCAAGCAAGGGAAUCGAGAUCUGAUAUUGGUUCAGUAGGACCCGCUUUUCUUCGUCAUUUUCAGAGUCCCACCAUCUUUUUGAAAAUCUCUUGUGAUGGAGACUUCUUGCUACCGAUACUUGUAGGGGAAUUUGCUGUUGAAAAACUUAUAGAUUCAACGAGUGAGGAUGAGAGUUGGGAUUGUUGCCCAAAUCAGUUCCAGCUUGUGAGAAACCUUGCAGAGACUCUUGGGUAUAAAGUUACAAUGGUGAAGAUUACAGAAAGAGUGGUUAAUACUUAUUUUGCCCGGAUACUUUUUUGCAAGCCUGGGGAAAUAGAUAUUCUAAGUGUGGAUGCGCGUCCCUCAGAUGCCAUAAAUGUGGCAGUGAGAUGCAGGGUUCCCAUAUAUGUACGUAAACAAAUUGUUUUGACCGAUGGCAUUAGAAUUGGUAACGGUAUGGGGAGAAAAUCCAUUUAUGAUGCAUCUUUAGACAGUGCUGCAGAUGGUCCUGAUAUAGUUGCCGAAGAAUUAGACCUGGUGAUGAAUAUGAAUUUAGCGGUCAAGGAGGAAAGAUACAGCGAUGCAGCCACUUGGAAAGACAAACUCAUAAAGCUUCGCGAGUCAAGACGUGACCUUUAAAGAGGUUAUCAAGGUUCAGUGGCUUGCUAUUGAGAUACAUUUACUUAUGGAUGAAGAGAUGAGAAUUUGUCCGAAGAGGAAGACUUGUAGAUGUUUGGCAUAGUUAUAAUAAGGUAUCAAUACAACUGAAAAGAACACCCAGGAAAUUGUUCAAUUAUUUGUGUAACUUAUGGAACAUGGUUAUAUAUGUACAGCUUAGACUCAUUAUAGGAGUGUUUACGAACCGGUGUAAUAUAUUCCAAACCGUACUUUGGUUUAAUGUAUAACAGUUGUUACACCCAUGUAUAACAAUGAAUAAACACAUCAAGUGGUCAGGUUUAUAUGUGGUGAAUCUUUCUUUCUUUUUGGGAUGGCA